AUGCGUAUAUUCUCAGUGCUUCCAGAACGCCGACAGCAAAGGCAGUUCAAUGGGUCGUUCACGAACGUCUCUGCACCGAAACUUGGUGCCGUCGCUAUCAAAUCUGCGCUCGAGAAGUCCAAGGUUCCCGUUUCCAAGAUUUCCGACGUCUACAUGGGCAAUGUACUGCAAGGAUCAGUCGGACAGGCACCGGCUCGCCAGGCUUUGAUCUUUGCUGGUCUUCCAUCAAAUGUUGAGGCCAUCACCAUCAACAAGGUGUGCGCAUCAGGCCUGAAGGCUGUUGUUUUUGCCGCGCAAAACAUACAGCUGGGUUUGGCAGACGCCCAGAUCGCCGGAGGCAUGGAGAACAUGACCAGAGUGCCAUACUACGUGCCCCGUUCUUCCAGCCUACCCCCCUUUGGACACGUCAAGAUGGAAGAUGGUCUGAUCAAGGACGGCCUGACUGAUGUCUAUGACCAGUUCCACAUGGGCAACUGCGCCGAGAACACGGCCAAGAAGUACGAGAUCACCCGUGAGAUGCAAGACAAGUACGCCAUCCAGUCCUACGAGCGCGCUCAGGCUGCGUGGAAGGCAAAGGCUUUCGCCGAGGAAAUUGCACCUGUUACCGUCCCGGGCAAGAAGGGCGAUACUGUUAUCGAGGCGGAUGAAGGAUACCUUGAUGUGAAGUUUGACAAAGUUCCCACCCUUAAACCUGCUUUCGUGCGUGACGGUACGGGUACAGUCACCGCCGCCAACUCAUCUACGUUGAAUGACGGUGCCAGCGCCCUGGUUUUGGGAAGUAAGGAGAUUGCGCAACAAUAUGGAUCUGGUUCCCGGGUUCUGGCCAAGAUUUGCGGCUCGGCUGAUGCUGCGGUUGACCCUGUGGACUUCCCGAUUGCCCCAGCUAAGGCGGUUCCCAUUGCACUCGAGAGAGCGGGCAUCACCAAGGAUCAAGUGGCCGUUUGGGAGUUCAACGAGGCGUUCGCUGCUGUAAUUAAGGCCAACGAGAAGAUCCUCGGACUGGAAGGUGCUCGCGUCAACCCGCUUGGAGGUGCCAUCUCCCUUGGCCAUGCCCUCGGAAGCUCUGGAUCGAGAAUUCUUGUUACACUGCUGCACCAGCUGAAGCCCGGAGAGUACGGCGUUGCUGCGAUCUGCAACGGAGGUGGUGCAGCUACCGCCGUGGUUGUGCAGCGCAUUGAACACGGCAUCCUCAUCGGGUGCUGGCGGGGCAAAGCCAGCCUCUUCCCCAGCGCCACACCCCUGCUCCCGCUCACCGAAGAACCCACCUCUAUCUUACCUCAACCUUCACCUUCAGGUCUCAUCGAAUAUCAUAGCUCUCACUGGCUCACACCAUCCGUCCGCAACCUCCACUGUCGCAUACGCUCUUUUGUGCGCGCUCAAAACAGCGACGAGCUUCGCAACUGGCUUCUCGUUGAGCCCAACGCCAGCCAGCAGUACCAUCAGCUCGCGGCCGAGUUACGCACUCAGUUCCGCUCCGGCAGUGGCAUUGAAAACACGAUUGAGAAAUGUCUCCCUGAGGAGGACGAUGUACCCGAGGGUCAGGGUUCGCCCUGGCCGGGAUUUGUAACCUUCAUGAAGGACUACAUGGUUUUUUGGCGCGACGUCGAUUAUGACGAUUUGCUCGGCGCACAUACCUUGCUUAGCGGACUCGUCAAUACCGCCUUCGCCCAUCCGACGUACGGCGGCAUGCUUCUCAAGACAGCAAUGUCCCUUUGCGAGUCACUCUCACGCCUCACAAUGAUGCUUAGUCGCCGCCCCGAUCUCACCAGCAAGAUUCGCAAUGUGGACGCCGACGACCGUAAGUCCAUCGCUGAAACCUCGGCCGAAAUCAUCCAAAAGAUUUUCACCACCUGCCUCACGGACCGCUCCAGUGCCCGCUACAGCAAGCCUGAAGGAAAGAAAGUAGGCGUCUACAUGUUUGCCAACCUCGUCUUGAAGCUUCUUUUUGCCUGCCGAAGAACGCAUCUCGCAAAGCAAAUCUUCACAAACAUCUCCACCAACUCGCCUCCCUUAUCACUUUACCCAGCUUCCCAGCGUGUCACAUUCCUCUACUACCUAGGCCGCUUCAACCUCGCAAACUGCCACUUCCUCCGUGCCGCGCUCUGCCUUGAGGAAGCCUACCUCCAGAUCCCUCCCGCCUUACAAUCCCACCGUUCCCUGGUGCUAAGCUAUCUCAUCCCCUGCAACCUCUUACUCGGUCGCCUUCCAUCUCAACUACUACUAUCCCGCCCGGAAUCCGCCUCCCUGGCACCCAUCUUUCAUCCCCUGGCACAAGCAAUUCGGAAGGGGGACUUCGUCUUGCUACAGAAUGCUCUCGCCCAGCAUGAGAAGUGGCUUUUCGACAAGGGGCUGUUACUGGUGUUAACACAUCGCCUUCGCCCCCUCCUCUGGCGCUCACUAUCCCGCAAGACCUUCCUCCUGACAUACUCCCCUGGACCAGAUGACACCAACCCCGCCGCCGCAGCAGCAGCCCCCUCCCGUCGUGCAGCGACACUAGAUUUGACCGACCUACACACGGCAGCAACCUACCUCCAGCGCAGACUGGAAGGCUACAUCCCCUCCACAAAGCACCAGAGACCUUCGAACGCGACGCCGGCCUUCAUCAAAGCGGUAUCGCACGACGCGGCAUCGACCCUCGUGCCUCCACCCGGGGGCCCCAAGAAGCUGCGCCCGAACGAGGGGUUGGUGUGGGGCAAUAGCCCCGUGGAGAUGGACGACGUUGAGAUGAACGUUGCCGUGCUGAUCCAGCUUGGGUUCAUGCAUGGAUACAUUGCCCACUCCCAGGGUCGUUUUGCGGUUAUGGGAGCGACGAAGAAGAGCCCGCUGCUCGCGGGGUGGCCGACUCCAUGGACUGCUAUCAGGGAGAGGCAGUAUGAAGAAGACAUUGAUCUGGACCAUGUACCUGGGUGGGUGAAGGGUUGA